UGCGUAUCCCGCUAGGCGUGCGAGUUCAGUCAGCCGGGAAACACCGUUGCCAAUCGCUUCGUGGCGAACGGGCAUCUGAUACGAUGAGAUCCACGACGCCGAUAGCAGUAGCGUUCUUGGCAAUCAUACUGGCAUCGCUUUCACGGAUCACUGGAGCAUACGAUGCGCCUCCUGCAACGGAUGCAGACAUCGAAAUCACAAGCAUUCACCUUUCCAACAUCGCAGCUGCUGUAUCUCGAGCGAGGGCUCUGAGGACACGCGCGCGAAGUACUCCAGGAGGCAACGCUCUCAGCUUCCCCGGCGUUGAAGGCGUCUUCGAUAUAUCGGGAAACCUCGGCAUUUUUAUACCGCAGAGUCCAGAAGUAGUAGGCAUAGAGUACAUUCUCUAUCAGAAUGGCUCGGAUGAUCCCGUUGCGAGGUGGAAAUUUGGCGAAACUCCUCGUCCGCUAGAAGGCUAUUUGAAGAGGGAUCAGAAGCUCUAUUUUGUUGUGCACGGAUUCGAGAGCAAAGCCCAUGCGUCGUGGGUGCUCCAUAUCAAGAACGAGAUACUUGCAGUGGAGAAUGCCAGCCUGAUUGCAGUGGACUGGAGCCAUGGAGCAUCAAACAAAGACUACAGUGCCGCAGCUGGCAAUACCCGUAUGGUUGCAAGAAUAACGGCGAUGCUCGUCAGGGACCUGUGGCGCAGAGAGCCCUCAUUGGCAUUGGACGAUGUGCACUACAUUGGCCACAGUCUAGGAGCACAGGCUGGAGGUUUCUUCGGGGGCGACAUCAAACACUUUACAGGAGGUCAACAAGUAGGCAGGAUUACUGGAUUGGAUCCAGCCGGCCCACUGUUCGAGAGCUAUGGAGUGUACCUGAACAAGGAACAUGCCAAGUUUGUGGACAUAAUCCACACGAGCGCUGGAAAAGACGUCAUGAAGGGCAACCUUGGCAUCACUAUUCCGAGCGGACACGUGGACUUCUUUCCUAGCGGCGGAAAGAUUCAGCCUGGCUGCAAGGGUGUAAACGCCUGUUCGCACUCAAGAGCCUGUUUGUACUACGCCAAUUCUGUACGGACGUGCCGCUACGAGGCGGAUAAGUGCUAUAACUGGGCUGCUUUUAAGAAAAACUUGUGCCAGCCGGGUAAGGACAAGCGUCACGGAACAAUGGGUCACUGGGCCUCACCGCUGUUCACUGGAAAUCGGUACCUGCACAUAUCGUCAAAAGAACCUCACUGUGCUGGAGCGGGGAAUAACCCUGUUACAUCUCCCAUAGUGCUCCUGGUUGUGCUGCUUUAUUCUGCUUCUUUGGUGCACUGAGAGACAAGGAAACCGAAUGACGGAACAGGCAUAUAAUACUCGUGAUGUGAUUGAGAACAGUGAGUGCCAUAGUGGGGCGUUUAUUUCCCCGCGAUCCCGGUCCUGCACGUUUGAAUGUUUACGGUGAAAUAGCAGUUCAUAAAUUUUCCGUUUUUGAUUGCCGUGAGUUCCACGACAAAUACCGUGAGUUCUCGCGCAUGAUUAGUGAUCCUGCUCGAAAUUACUUAAUGAAUUAGUAAAUAUCCAACUGUUCUGUAGCGUAGAAGAGUGCCGUCUAUAGAAUUCCGCGCCUUUCUUCCUGAAUCACGCGAGAGAAUAAAUGCAGUUAGCACCACUCUGCGACGCAGCAGGACCCACAAUGAGAGCGUCUAUCAAGAGGUUCGCACACGGCAGCUCGCUACUGCUUCUACGUCACGGCAGGAGAUCGAGUCGCGCACCCAAGGUAUCGCCGGUCGGCAGACUUUUCAGGGCGUUUUUGUAAAUUGAAUUACGGAGCUAUUCUGGUUGGUGGCGCAUCGUAAGUGUCACUUCCUUAUUCCUUAAAGGGGAUGACAUUUACUGUGUAUUCACACGAACGACAUCCUCACAGUAGAUGCCAGUGAAAAAAAAAGAAGCAAAAACACUGCUCACAGAGACGAAGUUUCGUCCCUUGUUAUGUGAGCAUUCACACGGUGCGGAUAAAGGGGGUGGCGUACUGCGCCCUUAGCAGACGGCACUUAGCAGACGACAUUUCGCAGACGACAUCGUCUGCGUCUUUGCUGUCGUCUGCUACAGAAUAUCUUGUGACUGUGCUGCAGGAUAUUCCCCACGGUUAGCAGUCUACGUGACCGCUGGACGUUGAGCGCUCGCGCUCAGAGGGCCAUGACGUUUUUCACGUCUUCCGCUUCUGCGGGGAAUGUCGCUCGUGUGAAUACACGGUUAACACCCUGUUUCAUUCCUUAAGCUGUCCUGCAGAAGCUACCAUGCAAAAUAAUCUCACUCUGCACGUCACGUACUGCCACGGCGCGACCAAAUUUACGAAAAACUUGGGAGAAAGCAGCCUCGGACAGCCGGCACGAUCGUCCCGCGUGACGUCGGCAAGUCCUUCCUUCCUCCCUUUCUUCUCAGCUCAUGCGCUGUAGAGUCACUAAAUAGGGGUCCCUAUUUAGUGACUAUAAUGCGCUGUUUAUAACGGCUUCGGCUGCGUCGGUCAGCGUCACCUGUGUUACGGCUAACAUGAUCGGCCCUGCCUGGGGGUAGGUUACGUCACGACUUCUCUUUCCCUUGUUCUCUUACACGCUUUUUCCAAGAGUGGAGGAUUUCUUAGAGGUGUGCGCAACAGGCGACGCGCGCUCGCUCGCUGCGGGUAAUCUGCAGUUGUCGUUCUUACGCAGGAGCUCAUUGUAUUUGUUGGGGAACGCACCGAUUUCACCUUCACCACUGUGAUUUUCUCACAGCUCUCCCCAAAUCAGGGAUUCUUUUUACGAACCCCAAAUAGCAUCUACUUCUGAUACGAACUCAAAGUUUCGUGUCAUUCUUUUGUCACGCCGCAAUUGAACAAGCACACCCUACAAUUGGGCUUCAGACACUGCCCUCGUGUGUUUAUUUCAUGACAUACAACAAUUCACUGCCACUAAGUGUCUUGCAUGUGCCUUCUGCCUGUUAGAGACGCAAUGUUUGUUUUUAGCUUUCAUGGCCGAAUAUGACUUAUAUGUGACCAACUAUGACUGCUGAACAGCCAGCAACCCGGAAGCUCGAGGUUCGGUUUCAGAGAUCAUAUACUCUCAAACGCAGCUAUGAUGCUCCUAGCGCCGAAACCAUCGUGAAGAGCAGGACAUGCCCACGUACUACGGAAGGGCUCUGGCAGAUGUGCCCGAGAGUGUUAUCUUUCGGUGGAAUGCGGCACCAGCUUUGUUCGCAGAAGACAAGCACAGUUCACAGUGCAUUGCAUACUGAUAGUUCCGCAGGACGUAAGGGGAAAGUGCAGAGACCUUACGUUCGGCAGGGUGUUGGGAGAUGACGUCGUGAGCAUCGGUUUACACCCUGUGUACUGCAAUGUGCUGCAUUUCUUACUCUUCUGACGAGUACUGGUCAUCGGCAAUGAAGACAUAUCAGUCUUACCACAUCUGCUGUUGGCACACAAGCCUCGUAAACUAUGCAACAUUGACUCUGCCAUGCGCGGUUUCAGGUGAUGGCCAUAGCCACAGAAAGUGCAAAAAAAAACAAAAAAAAAAACUUAUGGGUGCAAAUGGAAGGCGGAGGAACCGUGGCAGAGCCUCUACUUCUGAUGUAACGACAAACUGGGCCCACAGAAAGAAAUGUAGCCAGUCAAAUAAUCUGAUAAGACCAGUGGCAGUAUGCUUACUUUCCUAUGAAAGAGCAUGUAUUUGCUCGGCCAAAUGCAGUGAUUAUGUUUAGCGUGCUUACCGAUACAUCUAUGCAAUUUCAGAGUCUGCUCUGGAAGGUGUGCCAGUAUAUGGCACACGUCUUUGCUUCCUCCAGCAGCGGAGAGGCUGGAUUACGUAUAGUCGGCUGCAUAGAAUGGUGUAUACACCACAGCACAGAACAAUGAUGCGGAAUACAGAACAGUCAGCGACAGGACAGCGCGUUUUGCUCUCGGUUACUGUUCUGCGUUCCGUAUCCUUGUUUCCUAGUCAUGUUGACUAAAUGUUCAUUACACUGGAAAAGCGAUGCAAUUUGGGCUUGUUGGUAAGAUCAUAUUGCUACUGAGCGCCAAAAAGACGAAGACGUAAGAGAGGGACACAAGACAUGCACUAACUUCCAACACUUUAAACAAACUUGUCGCAUCGGCUGCUUAUAUACUCCUGCCCACCUGCCGGUUGUUCUUUCUACUGUUACACGUCUCGAGGUGUGUCAGUUCCCUAUCAGAUAAUGCAAUGGAAGGAACACUGACACAGGCCUGACCCAAAUCCUUAAUUGUUUUGGGCCUCUAUAAUCUCCCGAGUGGUUCUGCCUCGAUUUCUUCCGAUACGCAUGUGUUGUGUGCCUCUCUUAUAAAUGUGUUCGUCUUUUUAGCGCUCAGUAGCAAUAUGUUCAUUAAAUGUUCAGAAAUAUUCGUGUUCAUUACGUGUUCAUUAAACGUUAAUAAAUGUUCAUAAAUGUU